UGCCUCUAGGCAGUGCUUUGGAGAUGGGCUCCACUGGGCUGGCUGCAUGAUCAUUGUACUUCUUGGACAGCAGCGGCGCUUUGCUGUGUUGGAUUUCUGCUAUCAUCUUCUCAAAGUUCAGAAACAUGAUGGCAAAGAUGAGAUCAUCAAAAAUGUGCCAUUGAAGAAGAUGGUGGAGAGGAUUCGCAAGUUCCAGAUUCUCAAUGAUGAGAUCAUCACUAUCCUGGACAAGUACUUGAAAUCUGGUGAUGGGGAGAGCACACCCGUGGAACAUGUACGCUGCUUCCAGCCACCCAUCCACCAGUCCCUAGCCAGUAGCUGAGGGCUAAGCUCACAGCAUCCCAGCAACUGAUGGCAUGUUUGUCUUUAUGUAAACUAUAUUGAAAUUUUUAGGGGCUAUUUUCCAUUAUGUCUGAACCUACUUUUGAUCUGAAAGCUUAACUUUAUAAAAUUUACUUAUUUUUCUAUACUAAAAUUGUAUAUGCCUUUGGAAUUGGGAAGUCUGAGAAUAUGGUUACUAGUUGUUGCCAUUAUGGUCUUAACAAAUAUUUUCAUGCUGAGUAUUCCAGUAGCUAGUUAUAAAAUGCUAAAUUCACUCAUCCUGUAAGAGCAUAAUACCAACUAACUGUAUUUUUAAAAAAAAAAAAAACAAAAACAAAAAAACAGAAAAAAAACCUCUACCAAUUACUUUUAAAUUUAAUGACUAGCUUUGUUUAGGGGUUUUUCUGAUGGCCUUUUAGGAAAUCUUUUCUAAGUCAUCAUUCCCUUUUAUGCCAAAAUAGUGAAAUUGUUUCCUCUGUUCAAGUAAAUCCAACAGUGAGUCUGAUUCGUGAGAUAUGACUUAACAAUUAGAGAAAUAAAAAUUAAUGGAGUCUG